UACUCUCUUCACUCAUUUGAGUAUCUCUCACACAAAGUAAACUUCAGCACAUAGCCACAUAGCUACAUUAUAUUAUCAUUAUUCUUUUUUACAACGUAACCCAUAUUUCGGAUCUUUUGAUCUUUCUUCUUAGAUCUCCAAAAGAUAUUAAAAAUUUUGGCCACUAUGGAAACUGAACGUAAGAAGGACAUGCUGAGUAAGAAAGGGUUGUUUUUGAAAUACCCAAUGAAUUACGUGUUUGAAGAGCAGCGAAUGGUUUGUUUACUAAUCGGAAUCGCCAUUUCAACUGCGGCUUUCGCUGUAGUUAAUUCUGUUUCUUCUCAGUCGUUGUUGGCCGGGUACAAGAUCGGUAGUGAUUCGAUUUCGGACGUUUCGGUUGUGUCAACUUCUUUGAUUCCUCGUAGAAUAACGUACGAGUUGGUAGAUGAAGCUAACCGCAACAUUAAUGCAGGUGGAAAGGUGCCACUAGGAUUGAAGAAAAAGAAGUUGAGAGUAUUAGUAACAGGUGGAGCUGGUUUUGUUGGGAGCCAUUUGGUGGAUAGGUUGAUAGAGAGAGGGGAUAGUGUGAUUGUGGUUGAUAAUUUCUUCACUGGUCGGAAAGAGAAUUUGUUGCACCAUUUUAGAAACCCUAAAUUCGAGAUGGCUAGACAUGAUGUGGUGGAGCCAAUUUUACUUGAAGUUGAUCAGGUUUAUCAUUUGGCUUGCCCUGCCUCUCCUGUUCAUUACAAAUUUAAUCCUGUCAAGACCAUCAAAACAAAUGUGAUGGGAACAUUGAACAUGUUGGGGCUGGCAAAAAGAGUUGGAGCUCGAUUUCUGCUGACUAGCACCAGCGAAGUGUAUGGUGAUCCUUUGCAGCAUCCUCAAGUCGAAACUUAUUGGGGCAAUGUUAAUCCCAUUGGUGUCCGAAGUUGUUAUGAUGAAGGAAAGCGAACAGCUGAGACUUUGGCCAUGGAUUACCAUAGAGGACUUAACGUUGAGGUUAGAAUUGCUAGGAUAUUCAACACAUAUGGACCACGUAUGUGCAUAGAUGAUGGUCGGGUUGUGAGCAAUUUUGUGGCCCAGGCCUUGAGAAAGCAGCCAUUAACUGUUUAUGGAGAUGGGAAGCAAACUCGGAGUUUCCAGUAUGUUUCUGAUUUGGUAGAAGGAUUGAUGAGGUUGAUGGAAGGGGAUCAUGUUGGUCCUUUCAAUCUUGGGAACCCUGGUGAAUUUACCAUGCUUGAACUAGCUAAGGUGGUGCAAAAAACAAUAUAUCCAAAUGCAAAGAUAGAAUUUAGGGCAAACACAGAAGAUGAUCCUCACAAGAGGAAGCCUGACAUUUCAAAAGCAAAGCAACUUUUAGGAUGGGAGCCAACAGUUUCCCUUCGCCAAGGAUUACCUCGCAUGGUUGAUGACUUUCGACAACGUAUAUUUGGCAAUGAAAAGCUCAAUUCUGGCAUAUAAAAUAGUAUUAUUGUUAUAGAGUUUCUUUCGUUGUACCAUGAUUAAUUUGGUUUUGGAUGAAAAGAAAGAUGACACGUUGAUAAUGAAUUCUUGAAGAUGAAUACUACAAUUACAUACUGUA